AUGAAGUUAUUCAAAAAAACGCCUAACAAAUCGAAUCCCUUAAAUUUUAUAGUCAAAGUACAAAAUGACAAAGAGCAAAAGGGACAGCAAAUGGAAAAACAAUUGUAUAAAAUCAGCAAAGAUUUCCUAAUAAUAUCCCAGCUUUUCAUAAGUGCUCCCAUGGGUAUACACAAGCCGAGAAGUAAUAUACAAAGAAAGGACCUAAUACUUUAUCGGCUGCAUGUGAUCUGGUGUUUAAGUAUUUAUACCUUUCUGGCCUUUUGCGUUUACGAUGAGUAUACCUUAUCGAAUAUUGAAUUGCCCACCAUACAGAAGCCUCUAUAUUUCAGUGAAUACUUGGUGUAUCUUAUCCACUUAUUGGAGUUAAUACGCAUUAUUAACUUUCGCCGUGAAAUGUAUUGGAAAUUUCAAAUGUUCAUACUAGAUUUAGAUCGUACAUUGCUCGAAAUGAAAAUACGAAUUAAUUAUGGCGAUAUAAGGAGAUUUUUACGCCAACAUAUGGCUUUGAUCGUACUUCAUUUCAUUGCUACCAUUAUAAUCGGUUAUUUCUACAAUGAUGGUAAAAUUUUGAAUUUCCUUCGCACCAAUACCGUCUACAUAUUACCGAAUGUCAUCAUCCACAUCUCGCUAGUUCAAUAUUAUGCCCUGCUUUUCGUCGUCUAUAAACGUGGCGAGAAAUUAUAUUUUCUUUUAGAGAAACUUUUGAAUACAUCCAGUUCUAACGAGGUCUGGAAGUUUCGCCAUCAGUUACAUUUAAUUCGUAGUUUGUUUGCAAAAUUGGAGGAAUUCACCAAAAGUGUUAAUGAUCAUUUCUCGAUUUCUAUACUUCUGGUGUACUUUGGUUCGUUUAUCAAUUUGAGUGUAAAUGUAUUUUUGUUGUAUAAAUACUUGAAUUCAUGGGGUACUUCGAAUCCCGCUUGGACCAUUUACUCAUUUGCGUGGGCUUUUAUGCAUGUUGGAAAAAUGUUUUUGAUUUUGUAUUACAAUCAAAAUAUACAGAAUAUGAAAAGUAAGGCUACAGUAUUGCUGAGCUCAUUGAAGUUCAAACAUCAGACAGUUGAAACCACGAUACGCCUUUUUAUACUACAACUAAUGUCUGAUACCCGAAGCAAUUUUGUAUGUGGCAUAGCAGCUUUAAAUAUGAAUUUUAUAACAUCGGUUUUGGUGGCCAUAUCAGCAUUAUUUAUAUUUCUCGUACAGUACGAUAUAACCUAUGAGGCCUUAACGAAAACUCAUAAUUCUGGUAGACCAAAUACAUAA